GUGUCAGUCACGGAGGGUCCUGGCUGCUGCGGUGCCGAGGGUCCUGUGACACAGAGACAGGGAGGAAUGUCCAGGCUGCUACAUGGAGCCUUCCAAAUAGAUGGGAGAGUUUCAGAUUUAGUCUCUAGUAUAAAUACGAGUUAAAUGUGCAAAUCCUUCAGUUGGGAAACCGCCUCUUGUUACUGUUUGCACAGUCAGAGAAUGUCAGAUUGAACCAGCUUCGCUAUUCCUGGUUCUCCCUCUGCAGUUCAGCACUCAGAGACACAGAGCUUGCCAACCACAGAGUGCUGAAGGAACAACUCGCAGAGUGCUGAGAGAGAAAGGCCAUUCAAAGAGUCACUUACUGAUCUCCACCUGAGAGAAGGCUCAGCGACACAGAAAGCAGCAGCAUGAACAAGAGCUCUGGUGAUGGAGAGUGCAGCAAAGCCAGUUCCCUUCCCACAGGUCUCUCCAAACUUGUGAUGUGGGCACACAGUCACGGGACCAUAUGCAACGAGAUCCCAGCCCUGGAAUUUAUACAGAACACGGGUCACCUGAGCAGGGACAAUGCUAUGCUGUGGAUGUGCAGAGUCGGACAUGCCUAUCACUGGCAGUAUGAGAAGUUACAUGACAGAGACAGAGAAGGGACUGAGGCUGUAGGAAGGAAAAGGAGGCCCCAGUUUUCCGAGGCUUCAGCAAGGGAAGAUAGCUUUGGGGAAAAGAGGCUCAGGCUGACCCCAUCAUCUUUUGAGAGGGGUCAAGCAGAUGUUGGGAGCACAGGGUCAUGUGGCAGAUCCCCAGGAGUCACUCAGCAGAAGGCUGACACAGCCUAUGCAAGGCAUAAGAAGCCAUCACCCAGAGGGAGUCAAAAUACCAGGGAACUGAUGACAUCUUGCUCUGCAGCAGAGCAGCACUUGGCAGUCGCUGGGCUCCAAACUGGUGGUCAGAACGUGAAGCUCAAAGAUGAUGAUGAUGUACUGAUCAUCUCUGACGAAGAGCAGUGUGUGGCAGUUAAAGACAACCAAGGAGACAGAAUCAACCAGAAUGAUGUGUCAGAGCCACCUACUCAGGUGGAUUUGCAGAUGCUCCAAUGCCAGGAGUUGGCAUUUCACCAGCCAACAGCCCCUCAAAGAUCUGCCUUUGCCAGCAUGGCAGGGCCACCUCUAGCCCGUGCCUAUGUUCUGCAGUCCCCUGUCAGCAACCUGGAGGACCCGGGCAGGAACAUCCUGGGGUUGGGUCAUUUCACUGCUGCAGGGCCCACGGCUGAAACUUCCAGAGCGAGGAACCCCCCGGGGUCAGCAGCACCAAAGGUGUGUUUCAAACCUCUUCCUGUCUCCAGCACCGAAGCGAAGGCCCAGCUUGAGUCAUGCCCCUUGGUGACAUUCUUUAAGUUCCAAGCCACUGCUGAUGUCCAGCAGCAGCUCCAGCUGAGCCCUCCAAAGCAUGGCAUGCUAGGAGUGGACUCCAGCAGGAAUGGCACUGAGAAUUUGGCAGAGGAGAGCGAGCCGUCGGGAUCCAGGCAGGCACCUCAUCCUUCAGCCCUCCAGAGUCCAGAGAGCCAUCCACCUGCAGCCUCAAACAGAGAUGUUCUGCAGAAGCAGGAGAAAAAGAAAAACUCUCCCACUAGUGAUAUAAAGGUGUUCAAAGACUGGCUGAUGUUGCACCACCCCUCUGAGACACGUGAGAUCCACACGCUGCCACCUGAAGACCUCGACCGCUACCUGGUCUCAUUCUUCAGCUCCACCAAGAGACAGGAUGGCACGGAUUUUUCUGCCCAUUCCUUUGGCUUCUUGCAGCGCAACAUCGAGCGGUACCUCAAGGAGCACAGCUACCAGUACGACGUGGUGAGAGGGCUGGAGUUCAGGGCCUCUCAGGAAGCUUGGAAACUAAAGCAUCAGUGCCUGUUCCAAAAGAAGAGGGAGGAAGAGUGGAGUAUUUUGGAGAACCUGACAGAUGAAGAUGUGGAAAACCUUCGUAAGAAGGGAAUUUUAAACAGGAGGGACCCUCAGGGCUUUCUGCACCUCAUGUUCACCAGCAUUGUUAGGGGGUUUGGGGCAAGCACCCACCGCCAGAGCCACCACCUCUACUGGGGACAGCUGGUGCUGAGGAAGAGUGAGGGAGAGGGGGAGUACUUGGAGUGGAAGGAUGAUCUGAGCCCAGAAGGAAACAAAGGGGAGUCAAGCCCACGGCUCUUUGCCAAGCCUGCUGAUCCAGAGAACUGUCCAGUCACCAGUUACAAGGAGUACGCCAGGAGGAGGCCACCGGACAGCCUGAACGACAGCGAUGCACUUUACCUGGCUCCCAGGCCACAGUGCUCCAGCUGGGACGAGGUGUGGUACUUCAGCAAGCCACUGACAAGAGCCAAAAUGGAAAAGAUCUUGAAAGUUAUUACCCAGCAAAUCAGAGGAGCUGUAAGGAAGCCCAGGCAAUAGAGGUGUCCCCUCAGCUUUCCCCCUUAAACCACUCCAAGGCUCCUCUGAAACAGAAUCCUGUCGUGAUAUUUGGUGUAGGCUGAGGGCAAACAUCCUUCUGCUGGUCUUUGCCUUGGCACUGAAGGCACCUACACAUCUGCAGCGCCUCAGCUUCAAGGUAAAUUCCUCUGUUGUUCUUUCUGUUAUUGGAAUUGAUAAUUCAGUGAGUUAAUGAGAAUCUUCGGUUUCACAUUUGCCAAACAAGUUAAUGUUCUACUGUACAGUCAGUGCCAUGAGAAACCACCAGUGCUGACAUAGAGGUCUUGAGGGUGGCACAGCCCAACCAGGAGUGUCAACUGCACCUUCAUUUUGGGGGCUGACACAGCUCAGCCCGGGGCACAGGCCUGCAGGGAAGGAUGAGCAACACGAGGAGAACGACGACGUUGCUGAUCCCCAUCUCAUGGGAUUGUUUCCAACAAGGUUCAGGUCAUUUCCCUUAGUGAAAGAUUCAUAGAUUGCAGAAGUUGUAGCUGUUUUAAGAAGUUAUUUAAAGUGUCUGAUAGUGUUGAAAGGUUUUAUGGUAAGUGGUUUCCCUGGAGUGCAAAAUGCAGCUCCCCAAAGGCCCUGGGAGAUGUGCCGAGCUCUGCUCAGGGCUGUUCAGUGCCUGUUACAUUCCAGUCACGUUGUUGGUUGCAUU